AUGGAGAACUGUCUAACUCUCAUUUUUUUGUCUUCUGUGAUCAAACUCUCCACAGCUGGAAACGUGAGGCUGGUGGAUGGUAAUGAUUCUUGUGCUGGUAGGGUGGAGGUUUAUUAUGAUGGAGAAUGGGGAACCGUGUGUCAUGAUUAUUGGGGUUUGGCAAACACUGCAGUGGUGUGUAGAGAGCUGGGCUGUGACGAAACUUCAAACACAAUGCGUUCUGCUCACUUUGGACCAGGAUCAGGAAAAAUCUGGAUGGAUGAUGUGAGAUGCAUCAGGCUUGUUGGAGGUUCUCGCUGCUCUGGGAGGUUAGAGGUGCCUCAUGGGAACACAUGGUACACAGUGUGUGCCGCUGUCUUUGACCAGCAGGAUGCAGAGGUUGUGUGUAGAGAGCUGGACUGUGGGGCUCCUGUACAGGUGCUGGGAGCAGCUGCUUUUGACAAAGGAGACGCUCAGAUGUGGACACAAGAGAUUCAGUGCAGAGGAAAUGAGUAUCAGUUUGCUCUUUGUCCAGCUUCACCUUCACAAUUUUGUUCCCAUGAGAACGGUGUGAGUGUAGUAUGUGCUGAAACAGUGAGAUUGGUAGGUGCUAACAGUGGCUGUGCUGGUCGAGUGGAGGUUCUUCAUGAUGGUCAGUGGGGAACAGUGUGUGAUGUUGGCUGGGAUUUGCCUGAUGCUGCAGUGGUGUGUAAAGAACUUGGCUGUGGAGAGGCUUUAACUGCACCAAAGGGUGCUCACUUUGGUGAAGGAUCAGGAAGAGUCUGGAUUUCUGAUUUACAGUGUACUGGAUCAGAGUUUACAUUGACAAACUGUGGAUUAUAUGGAUGGGGAAUAGAAGCUAAUCAUACUGAAGAUGCUGGAGUCAUCUGCUCUGGAGUCCGGCUGGUUGGAGGAUCUCGCUGUUCUGGCAGAGUAGAAGUGCCUCAUGAUCAGACGUGGAUGUCAGUGUGUGACGCUGUCUUUGACCAGCAGGAUGCAGAGGUUGUGUGUAGAGAGCUGGACUGUGGGGCUCCUGUACAGGUGCUGGGAGCAGCUGCUUUUCACAAAGGAGAUGCUCAGAUGUGGACACAAGAGAUCCAGUGCAGAGGAAAUGAAUCCUAUAUAUCUUUGUGUCCAACUUCAUCUUCUCUCAAACAAAACUGCACCCAUGAGAAUGCUAUUGGACUGUUAUGUUCUGGUUACACUGAUCUCAGACUGGUCAAUGGUCCUGAUGUCUGUUCUGGUCGAAUCGAACAUCAGUACUUAAGUAAAUGGGGCACAGUGUGUGAUGCAUGCUGGGAUAUGAGAGCUGCCAGUGUCCUCUGUAGACAGCUGAAUUGUGGGAUUGCUGUGUCUGUUGUGGGAUCAGACUGGUUUGGAGAAGGAAGUGGUGAA